AUGGCAAGGCCAUGUCGAACACUGUCUAGCCGGAGCCUCGGUGGCUCUCCCCCGGAGAAGAAGGCAGGCCAGAACGGAGCACUGUACGUUCUUCUCUUGGCACUCAACGUACUUCUCAUCGUUCUCUUCUACUUCGGCAUCUGGCGUUUCUUCUGUAAGAAGAACCAGCGAGUCGACACCAACGCUGCCACCACCUCUUCCUCUGCUCCUAACUCUCCCAACCUUUAUCCAAGAAAUGGCAGGCUGGAUUCCCGAGUCCUAUCGUCGUUGCCCAUCUUCGUGUACUCCAUCGGCAGCGAGGAGAAGACGGAGUGUGCUGUGUGUUUGAUGGAGUUCAAGGAGGGAGAGGAGGGCCGGCUGCUGCCGAGGUGCAACCAUGGCUUCCACACGGAGUGCGUCGACAUGUGGUUCCAGAGCCACUCCACCUGCCCUCUUUGCCGGGCUUCUAUCGAGUCCGGAGCCUCAGAUUCCAGCGCGGUUGUGUGA